AUGGGGUGUGGAUCUGGAUUUUUGGGUGUGUUGAACGGACUUCUCGCGGCAGUGUUUGCGAUUGCUGGCAUUGGUUUGGCCAUUUAUGGAAGCUGUUCCACCUACCUCAUCCUCAUUUCAAAUAGCGAAAUGAUAAUCCGGGAUUAUGGGACCAUAGUCCCAUCCGUUAUGACUGUUAUCUUUGGCCUAGCUCUGAUCAUAUUCGUUUUCCUGGGAUGUUGCGGAGUAUGCAGAGAAUCUACUUGUUGCAUGGAAACGUAUUCAGCAUUCCUCAUCUUAUUGGCUUUGUCUCACUUCGCACUUGGAGCUUAUUGCACUAUGGUUUACUAUAAUGGUAAACACGGCAAUCUGGAAAGACAGAUUCAGAAUGAUUUAACAUCGAGGGUGGCUAAUUAUAAGUACAAAGCAUCUCCAAUGGAUGAUGUCCAAAAGUGGUUGAAAUGUUGUGGAGUGAAAAGGCCAGAGCAAGAGUACGAGGACUUGGAUAAAUUCUCGCCAAACGGAAAUCAACUACCGGCGACGUGUUGUGAUAAUUUGCUGAUAUGCAAUUACGAUUCGAGCGACAGAUAUUACAAAAACUGCUUGAGUUCUGUUUAUGAACUGACGAUUUACACCAAUGUUAUCAUCGGAUUCGUAUCCCUCGGAAUUGGCGCAGUUGAGCUGAUUGCUGCUCUCCUUGGAAUUUGUUUAUCAUGUUGCAUAUGGAGAAACCGAAGCGUUGCUGUUUGGAGAUAG